AUGGAUGACUACUCUAACAAUUAUGAGGAUGGCUAUGAGGAGUACGAGGAGGAGGAUGACGACGUCAUCACAGCGGAGGAUUGCUGGACUGUCAUCUCAUCAUUCUUUGAGCUGAAGGGCUUGGUGUCGCAACAGCUCGACUCUUACAACGAUUUCACAAAUCACACUCUUCCGCAAAUCGUCAAGGACAACGGCCGCAUUACGUUGGAUCAAAACGCGCCUCAAAGUAACGAGGACGAAGAGUUUCCGAUUAUCAAGAGAAGAUACGAGGUCACCUUUGGCAACGUAACCAUGACUUAUCCCACCGUUACCGAGAGCGAUGGAACUACGAGCCCUCUGUAUCCACACGAAGCCCGUCUUCGUAAUCUGACAUACUCCAGCGCGAUCCGAUCUAAAAUAUAUACGAAAGUACUGGUGGCAAGAGAACGUCCCGUAGGUGAAGAUAAUGAAGACGGCGAUAUGGAGGGUGUAGAGACUCAGCGAACCGGGGGUACCGAAUUAGUUUGGGAAACGGAGAGCCAGCCUGAGCCUGCAAGCGUGUUCAUCGGCAAGCUACCUAUCAUGUUGAAGUCAGAGCUCUGUUCUCUCUCCGGUCAAGGAGAUGAGCAUCUGUAUAUGCAUAUGGAGUGCCCAUAUGAUCAAGGUGGUUACUUUGUAAUCAACGGAUCCGAAAAAGUCUUGAUCGCGCAAGAGCGUAGCGCAGCGAACAUUGUACAGGUUUUCUCCAAAAAGGGCAGCUCAACACCAUGGGUAGCUGAGAUUCGUAGCGCAGUGGAGAAAGGCUCCAGACUGAUUUCAACAAUGUCUGUCAAAUGGUCGGAAAACUCGACCUUGGCAAAUAAAGAGCAUGGCCCGUACCUUUACGCGACACUACCAUACAUCCGCUCUGACGUUCCGAUCGCGAUCGUGUUCAGAGCCCUAGGUUUUGUUUCCGACCAAGAUAUUCUCAACCACAUUUGCUUCGACAGCAAUGACACGCAGAUGUUAGAGCUACUUAAGCCAUCAAUUGAUGAGUCAAUAUAUAUACAGGACAAAGAGUCUGCGCUGGACUGGAUUGCCAAGCGUGGGAGCAAUAACACUGGAACGAAGGACAGGCGAAUUCGUUACGCACGUGAUAUAAUGCAAAAGGAAUUCUUGCCACACAUCUCUCAAGAGGAAGGUUCAGAAACAAAGAAGGCUUUCUUCCUUGGUUACAUGAUACAUCGUUUGAUGCAGUGUGUUUUAGGUCGACGCGACGAGGACGACAGAGACCACUUUGGCAAAAAGCGUCUUGAUUUGGCCGGCCCGCUAAUCGCCAACCUAUUCCGCUAUCUUUUCCAAAAGCUGACGAAGGAAGUCUUCCAAUAUCUACAAAAGUGCGUCGAGACUGGCAAGGAUUUUAAUCUCCAACUAGCCGUCAGAUCUACCACCAUCUCGAAUGGUCUGAGGUACUCCCUUUCUACGGGUAAUUGGGGAGACCAGAAAAAGGCUGCAUCCGCGAAAGCAGGUGUAUCGCAGGUGUUGAAUCGGUACACAUACGCUUCUACACUAUCGCAUUUACGACGAACCAACACACCCAUUGGACGUGAUGGCAAGCUUGCCAAGCCACGUCAACUGCACAAUACUCACUGGGGACUGGUCUGCCCCGCGGAAACGCCCGAAGGACAAGCUUGCGGGCUGGUCAAGAAUUUGGCGCUGAUGUGUUAUGUCAGUGUCGGCUCUGAGCCAGAACCCAUCGUCCAAUACUUGCAGGACGAGUCAAUGGAGCUUCUCGAGGAGUACGAUCCGGUCCACUUUCCCACGGCCUGCAAGUUUUUCGUUAACGGUGUAUGGGUUGGUGUCCAUACGCAGCCAGCAGGACUCGUCAGGAAAAUCAUCCAGCAAAAACGGUUUGGUCCUCUUAUCCCUGAAAUCAGUUUGGUACGAGAUCUACGAGAAAACGAGUUCAGAGUGUUCACAGACGCUGGUCGGGUAUGUAGACCAUUGUUCGUUGUUGAUAACGACCCACGAAGUCCCAAUAGAGGAAGACUCACAUUGAACAAAACGCACAUCCAGACUCUAUUGGAUGAACGAGAGGAGGCCGCCAUGAUGACACCACGACAGAAACAAGAGGCUGGUGUAGGAUGGGCAGGUCUACUGCGACAAGGUGUUGUCGAAUACGUUGAUGCGGACGAAGAAGAGAUGGCCAUGAUCGUUAUGACUCCUGAGGACCUGGAAGAUCAUCUUCGUGCAAGACAAGGUAUCAAGGUCUAUCAAGAUGACGAGGAAACACACAAGCGUCUCAAGACCAAGCCGAAUCCCUCGAUCAGAACUUUCACCCACUGCGAGAUCCAUCCUAGCAUGAUCCUAGGCAUUUGUGCCAGUAUCAUUCCAUUCCCUGAUCACAACCAAUCUCCUCGUAACACAUACCAAUCUGCCAUGGGCAAGCAAGCUAUGGGAGUCGCCCUUACUAACUUUGAGCUUCGUCUCGACACGAUGAUGAACGUUCUUUACUACCCACAGAAACCUCUCGCUACUACUAGAUCCAUGGAAUACCUGCGUUUCCGAGAACUGCCGGCAGGGCAGAAUGCCAUCGUCGCGAUUGCUUGUUACUCUGGAUAUAAUCAAGAAGAUUCCGUCAUCAUGAAUCAGAGCAGCAUUGAUCGUGGUCUUUUCCGAAGUCUGUUCUACCGCACGUACAUGGACCAGGAAAAGCGUGUAGGAUUCCACACCAUCGAGAGCUUUGAGAAGCCACAACGGGGUGACACGAUACGGCUGAAACAUGGGACGUAUGACAAGCUCGAUGAUGAUGGUGUGGUUGCUCCUGGUGUCCGUGUUUCUGGCGAGGAUAUAAUCAUUGGCAAGACUGCACCGAUCGCACCAGAUGCAGAGGAGCUUGGCCAGCGGACUAAACUCCAUGUGAAGCGCGAUGUUUCAACGCCGCUACGUAGUACCGAGAAUGGAAUCGUCGACAAGGUCAUGGUCACGACCAACUCAGAAGGUAACAAGUUCAUUAAAGUCCGCACGCGAACUACCAAGGUUCCCCAGAUUGGUGACAAGUUCGCAUCUCGUCAUGGUCAGAAAGGUACAAUUGGUAUUACGUACCGCCAGGAAGACAUGCCCUUUACCCGCGAAGGUCUCACACCAGAUCUCAUCAUCAACCCACACGCCAUUCCAUCUCGUAUGACGAUUGCCCAUCUAAUCGAGUGUCUUUUAUCCAAAGUUGGCUCCCUCCGCGGCUCGGAAGGAGACGCCACACCGUUCACAGACGUUACCGUCGAGUCCGUCUCCCAACUACUCCGCGCAGAAGGCUACCAGAGCCGUGGCUUUGAGGUCAUGUACCAGGGCCACUCGGGCAGGAAAAUGAUGGCGCAAGUAUUCCUUGGCCCAACAUACUAUCAACGUCUCCGGCACAUGGUCGACGAUAAGAUCCAUGCUCGUGCUCGCGGGCCAGUGCAAAUUCUCACUCGCCAGCCCGUGGAAGGUCGCGCAAGAGACGGUGGUUUACGAUUCGGAGAGAUGGAACGUGAUUGCAUGAUUUCACAUGGAGCAGCGUCGUUCUUGAAAGAACGUCUAUUUGAGGUCUCGGAUGCAUACCGUGUACAUGUGUGCGAGAUCUGUGGGUUGAUGACUCCUGAAGCCAACCUUAAGAAAAUGCAGUUCUACUGCCGUAAUUGCAAGAACGCGACGCGUAUCGCCCAGGUUCAUAUUCCGUACGCCAUGAAACUUCUUUUCCAGGAACUGAUGUCGAUGAACAUUGCACCGCGGAUGUAUACGACACGGUCAGGCAUUAGCGUCAGAGACACGUGA